UAAUACCCAUAGAUAACUCAUUGCACUCAUUCAAGUGUGUCGUCGGCCAUUGCCAUCAUCUUCACUGGCCAGAUAAAAGAAAGAAAAAAAAAAACAACAUAACAAUCAACUGUCUUGUUCUGUCUUGACACAUUGCCUCACCUUGUGUCACCAUCAAUUAAUUAUCUCAACUAAUUAAAUAAAAAAAUAAUCAAACAAGCACAAUGGCUCUUUAUCCAUCAUUGGAAGACAUGAAAGUAGAUCAAAUGAUAAAGGCUCAAGUUGAGUUGACAUCAAAAUAUAUAUCCAAUGAACCAAUGUACAUUCCAUCAUGUCCAUCAGAACCAUCAGCAUCACCAGCACCAUCAGCACCUGCAUUGACACUUCCACGAUCUGGACAACUUUAUCCAGCACUCAAUGAUUAUAUGGGGCUUGAAUUUAGUCCUCAAAUGAUUGCAGAAAAUAUGCCAGAAUAUUUAGCAACACAUUCUGAUAAUAUGACAGUUGCAACAUCAACAAAUAAUGGACAAUUUUCAGGAAUGAUUGCUCCAAUUAGUGGUAAUGCAGUUGGUUUUCAAAAGGCUCAUGUUACCAAUGGUGUCAGAGAGUUGACUUUGUGCAAAGAUAAAAAUGGAGAAAUUGGAAUACGUGUUCAUGCAAUUGACAAUGGUAUUUUUGUAUGUUUGGUUAAUGUAAAUUCACCAGCAGCAAAAGCUGGUCUACGUUUUGGUGAUCAGAUACUUGAUAUUAAUGGCACAUCUGUCGCUGGAUAUUCAAUGAAACAAGUUCAUAAAAUGAUGCGUAAUGCACCAAUUAAUAACAUCAAAGUUAUUGUUCGUGAUCGACCAUUUGAAAGAACAGUUACAAUGAAUAAAGACAGUACUGGUAAUGUUGGUUUUCAUUUUAAAAAUGGAAGAAUUACAGCACUUGUUAAAGAUUUAUCAGCAGCCAAAAAUGGUCUUCUUACUGAUCAUCAAAUAUUGGAAGUCAAUGGAAAGAAUGUCAUUGGCAUGAAAGACAAAUCUAUUGCUGCUGAAAUAGCAAACAGUGACAAUGUUGUAAUAGUAACAGUCAUUCCAUCUUACAUUUAUGAUCACAUCAUCAAAAAAAUGAAUCCAAGUCUUCUCAAGUCCAUGGAUCAUUCAAGCAACAUGUAAAGAAACAGAAAAAAAAUUUAAACCAGUAAAUAUUCCUGCAUCAUGAUAUUAUCAUGAAAACAUUACUUUUUUUUUUUUUACUAUUAUUACACUUUAUUAUGAUCAUAUUAUUAAGUUCUAUUGCAUCAAAGUAUUAUUUAAAAAAAUAAAUCUAUUAUGCACAAUAGACGAACAAAGAAG